UCCGGGGGCACCCACCCCCACCCGUCCAAGUGCCGUGGCUCACUGCUACGGCCGAACUAGGGGAAAGCUUUCCCCGCAACACCGAAGGCGCACAGAGCCGGGAUGACGACAGAACCUGGCGGACGUCCCUUACGAUAAGACCCCGAGCUCUUCGCCAGCGUUCGCCGACAAAGGCGCAACCCCCCCCCUCCUCCGCAUACACACACGCCCACGACCGGUCAGACGCCUCCGAGGUCAAUGGCUCCCAAUUCAUCGCCAGCCAUGGCGAACCACGCAGCGGCAGCGACGCUCCAGACGAGGACCCCGCAACUUCAGGCGACCUGGGAGAGGUACGCUGAGACGGUGCAGCACAACGCCUCCACCCGGCACCCCGUCUUCUUCACGGGGAAGCUGCGGCGGCCGCCAUCGUCUCUGGGGCCCGGGACGGGGAUGAGUCCUGUGGCGCACGGUUACGUCUAUCAGGACGGACGGAGGGCCGAUGGGAACUCGGCGCCGAAGCUCUGAGAGCGUCGCCACGCAUGGGUCAUGUCAGUAUCGGAGCACACCGAAAAAAGGUGGUCUCGAACGUGAGGGGAUGCGUGUAACGUGAGUUUUCCCAUAGGGGCUUUUUGGAUGUCUAGACCGCUGAUCAUGGUCUAGAAAGCUGCGGCGUGGGAGGCUCACCGAGCUACCCUACGCAACACCCACGACCACUCAGUCGUCAGGGGCGCGUGACUGUAUUCGAGAGCGCUUGUUCAAAGAAAGUUAUUAUGAGUGCAUUUCAUCAGGCAUAUAGCCUCGUAAGGAUGUGGCUAAUCAACGAUGGCCAUCAUUUGUAUCGAUAUUGCAAAAGUUCUCCUCGUUGAUAGGAGGUGACGGCAGGAGCUUAUUUUUCAUGUAUGAAGUGUGAUGACCUUGUUUUUGAUAAGCUAAUGGGCCUUUCGUGUUGGCACAGCCAUUAUUAUACAGAGUUUGCUUGCAGUUUAUUUUAGUUGGUUU